AUGCAAGCCCUUGGAUCAUAAACUAAUCUCCUAUGUGCCUAAUUUAUCUUUUGGGAUUCGGUAAUCGAUUUCAAGAGAUUAAACUUAUAAUAUUCUCAUCAAUACAAAUAAUACUCUUGUCAGCAGUCGGUCGAAGCAUCUAAUAUACAAAAAGACAUCGAUCGUACUUUUUCAUAACAUUAAUAUUUCAAAUAAAUUCAUAAUCGAUAAAGAUUACAAAGAAUUCUAAUUGCAUUAUCUAAAAUACAAGAGCAAAUUGGUUACAUUUAAGGAUUCAAUUAAAUUGCAGGUUGUUUCUUAAUUAACGGUCUCAAUGAACAACAGACCUUUUGGAUUAUGUAUUACAUUUUAAAGAAGAUGAAAUACGCUACCAUAUUCCAAGACUAAUUUAAUGAACUCAAGUUUCUGAAUUUUACAGUCGCAGUGUUCCUACGGAAAUAUGUACCAUCACUCUCUAAUGAAUUUCUAUAAAACAAAAUGGAUAUUGGAAUCAUAACAACAAGAUGGUUCUUAGUCAUUUUUGGCUACGAUCUGCCUCAAUAAUUAUUAAUUCAAGUUUGGAACAUGUUCUUGUUAAAGGGGAUUAAAGUAUUAAUCAGAGCCUCAAUUGCAAUUUUUAAAUUAGUUUCUGAUUUUGAAGGAAUCAAUGAUCUAUAUGAUAUGAUCAAGGAAAAUCUUUAUGAUCUCUUGGAAACUAAUGUUUAAUUACAACAGAACUUCAUUGAAUAUUUCUCGAAGAUUAAAAUAACCAAUCGUCUGAUUUAAGAAUUGAGAGAAAAAUUUGAGACUGGAGAUGAGUCCCUGAAUCUCUCAUUUGAUAUCAUCUAGAAAAAACAUUAUUGGAGAAAAGGAGGGGAUAGUGCAAGAAGCUUGAUUAGUUCUUGUAACGAAAUCAUUAGUGAAAUCUAAGAAGAAAAAGAUGCAUGCUUUUAGCGAUCUUAGUUGCUUAUGAAUGCUUUCUUUCCGAAGCUUAUCAAUAAAAAUCAAUUAGUAGCUUCAGAAGGUAAAAAGCACUUAGCUAUUAAAAUUGAAAAAAAACCAUAGUUGAUUAAACGAUAGAUUAUAUCUUAACAAUUUAAAAUGUCCAUUCCAUAAUCUGCCAAUGGAGAUUAAGAAUCUAACAUCUAUGCUGAUGAACUCCAGAGUAGAAUGAGUCCAAAAGAAGAUGAAUCAAUAGAACUUGAAUGCACUCCAAAAAAAAUCUUUAAAUUUUCUAAUAAAAAAAGAUGA